ACCGCACUUCCGCUGAGCUAUAGGCGGGCGAUGGCGGCCGGGGAGCCGGGGGAUUUGGGCGGCUACUACUUCAGAUUCCUGCCUCAGAAAACCUUCCAGUGUCUGAGCACCCCCGAGACCACCAGCCGCCUCCGCCAGUGGUCCAUGCUGGGCAGAGUCGCGGCGCAGGCGUUCGGCUUCGACCAGACGUUCCAGGCUUACCGCAAGGACGAAUUCGUCAUGGCUUUCUUCAAAGACCCAAAUGUCAUUCCCAAUUUGCAGUUACUUUCAGAUUCUUCUGGACAGUGGACCACAUUAGGAACUGAAGUGAAAAAAAUUGAAGCUAUAAAUGUCCCUUGUACACAGCUUUCAAUGUCAUUUUUUAACCGGUUGUAUGAUGAAGAUAUUGUACGAGACAAUGGACAUAUUGUUAAAUGCUUAGAUUCUUUUUGUGAUCCCUUUCCUAUUUCUGAUGAGUUACGAAAAAUGUUGCUCGUGGAAGACUCCGAAAAGUAUGAAGUAUUCAGCCAACCUGAUAGAGAAGAGUUUCUGUUCUGUCUUUUCAAACAUCUUUGCCUCGGUGGAGCCCUUUGUCAGUAUGAAGAUGUGCUUCACCCAUACCUGGAAACCACGAAGCUCCUCUAUAAAGAUCUAGUGAGUGUUCGAAAGAAUCCUCAGACCAAGAAAAUACAAAUUACUUCUUCCGUCUUUAAAGUCACAGCAUAUGAUGGCGCUGGUGUGUGCUACCCUUCGACGAAGAGUCACGAACAGACAUUUUCUUAUUUCAUUGUGGAUCCGAUCAAGCGUCAUGUUCAUGUUUUAUACCACUCUUAUGGUGUGGGGGAAAUGUCUUAACAGGUUCUUUCAGAUUAUCUAUUUUGAUAUUGUUUUAUUUACCAAUUUUAAUUUUAAUGCCAAUUUAUAGGUAAACAUUUACUUUGCAAGUCAAUUCAAGUAAAAUAUAGAGAACCUACUUGGAGCAGAAGGAGACAAGUACCAAGAUGCCUUUCUUUAAAUGUGUCUGGAAUAGUAACGUGAGGACCAGAUUCCAUCCCGAACACAAUCUACACCAGUACAGUCUUGGAAUUUUUGCACGCAGUUACAAAGAACUAAAAAUCCAGUUCAUAUUUGUUGCAUUAAGAUUUAAGUAAGCCCUCAAUUUUCCAUGUGUUUUAUUUUAGAAGCUAAUUAAUUCUGGGUUGAAAUUGUGGCAGAAAACUGAAUGUCACUCUAUUGAUCAUUAAUAUGAACUGUUCGCUUUUCAAAUUUGAGUUUCAUUUCAUUACAUUUCUUCAUUGCAUAAAGAUUUACGUUUCUAGGGCUGUAAAGUGCAUAACAAUUCCUUUGCUUCAUUUGUUCCACUUAAAAUCCUCAAUAAAACAGUAAUGUUCUGAAA